UAAUGGACUAACCAUUAUAAAAUUGUUAUUUUCUUGAGAAAUGGAGACAACAAAGGUUCCAAACCUUUUUGACAAUUAUCAUAUAUUAGUAUAGGAGGGAACUAUGCAUUAAAACAAGAGAUAUUAGGCUGCAUAUACCUGCAAAAAAACCAAUAUUAUCAAACUACUCUAACACUAAUGUUAACACUAUUCACAAAUAUAUAAUCCAAUAUUGUCCCUGCCUAAACUAUCUCAUCUUUCUCUCUCCCUCUCUCUUCUCAACAAUUCUCCUUGACCAAACAAUCUUUUUUUUUUCUUUGUUCUUCUUCCGUUUCAAGUCUCCCUUUCUAUUCAAAGUUAGGAUUUACUCCAAAGAAAGAUUAUUUUGGGAAACAUUGCUAAUUCCCACUUCCCGAAUCCGUUUCAAAAUUUAGAAAGUCCACAACCCAGGAUCCGAACCGCGGUGAGAGAUCCAACAGUCAUGACGUGGAUCCGGUGACAAGAAAUUCAGGAUCCACAACUACCACGCAGCGUCGAACUCGGAAGGUUCACGUGACGAAGGCAGUCAAAACGUGAGAUUGAUUAAGAACUUCCUGAAGCAGUUUGUGGCUCUUCUGUUACUCGCUGGAUUGAUUCAAUUGGUGAGGAAAUUGAGAAUAUAGGAGACGCCUUUAUCUUGUCUAUCCACUUUCCCGAUCGUAACAGAGAUGGUUUUUGUCAGAACUCAGGAAUCGGAUCUCGGAAAUUGAUGGUUUGGUGAAGACCACGACAAGAUAAUGGAGGGGCUAAUCGAGUAUAGUUAGAAGGUAAAUAUUUGCAUAGCUGUUACAAAACAUGUUAAAGAUAUUUAAAAUGAUUUAUAAGAGGUAAAUCUUUGCAUAGCUGUUACAAAACAUGUUAAAGAUAUUUAAAAUGAUUUAUAAGAUGUUAAUACAUAGCUGACAUGGACUGACACAUAGUUUGUUAAAUGGUAUGAAAUUAGUUACCGGUCUAACAAGUCAUAUAACAUUGCGCGUCAAAACCUAGCAGCUACAUUUUAUAUUAUAUGUUUCCAUUAACCGAUACAUGUUUGGUUACCUGUUAUAAAACAUGUUAUCGUUUUUUAAAUUGGUUGCCAAGAUGUUAUAAUUAUGCCUAUCGACACCUGAUAUAUAUUUUGUUAAAUGGUAAGAAAUAGAUUAUUGUGUUAACUUAAUCAUUAUCUAUUCAACUGAUAUAUUCUUAGCGGUUAACAAUUAUUGUAUUAUAUAUAGAUCAAAAAGUUGUAUUAUGUUUCAGCUUAGCGUUAAAUGUCUAUUGUUAACAUACUAAUAAUCUACUGUGUUUCUUUUCUCCUUAUACAUUGGGUUUUCUCUCUCUUCUAAAAUAAUUACAGAUUGUUGAGUCUGUAAAAUCUUUUGGAAGGUUUGGAGUUUAUGAAAAGGAGAGGUGACCGUAUGAUUGGUGCCAGAAAAAAAAUGUGAUGAUUUGAAAUGAGGCUUUAAUCUUAACAAAUGUUGAGAAAAUUGGGAAAGAAAAAAUAGAUGAUAGAGAUGUGAGUUAGGGAAAGAAAGAGAAACAAGAUGAAAAUUUAGGGCAGGGGUAAAACAUGAAAGGAGGACACAAUUUUCUACAGUAUGCAUGCGUUUUUCAUGGUUUUGGGUAUUUAGCUAGUUUUGCUCACAUUUGUGUAUAUUUAGCAAAUUAUCUCUAAAAAUUUUAGUUAUUUAUUUGAAUUUAAUAUUAUAAAAAACUCAAACCAGUUAAAGAUUAACACAUGGCUGAGAGUAUCUAAUGAAAGAAUACAAGUUUCUAUUUUGAGAUAUUAUUCCUUAACACUUCUUUUUUCUUACAUUUUUCUUUGAUGUUUAGAUAUCUAUGAGUUUAAUGGAGAUGCUCUUACUUAGGUCUCGAUAUAUAAUGGUACCUCUGUGAGUUGUUUUCUCCAGAUAUCUCUCUCCUUCCCAUCGUCGGCUAAUUAAACGACCAUGAAUAGAGCAGAAAAUUCAGCUUCCAUCCCAAUAGAUCUCAUUCUAGAGAUACUCUCGAGAUUGCCUUCAAAAUCAGUAAGGAGGUUUCAUUGCGUGUCCAAGCUAUGGCAAUCCAUGCUUAGUUGUCCAUAUUUCAAAGAGUUGUACUUGACCAGGUCAUCUGCUCGACCACGUCUCUUAUUUGUUGUCCACAGCGUUGGUGAGGAAAAGGAAGAGGAACUACACUUCUACUCGUCCUCACAGCCUCGAAUUCCUUAUGACAAGUCGUCUCUUGUAGUAGCCGCCGAUUAUCAUACGACGUUCCCUUCAGAACGUUGUAACUAUGCAUCUGGUUUGAUAUGUUUCCGUGUAAAGGGCUGCUCAGGGGAGGAAGCAAUGACUCUGAUAUGUAAUCCUAUCACGGGACAGUAUGCGGAGUUACCUAAAGUGAUCAUGUACAUUCCGUCAAAAGCAUUUUUAGGGUUUGAUCCAAUUGACAAACAAUUCAAGAUAUUGGUAGAUCAUCAUCCUUCUUUUCCUCCAAGCGAUCGUCAUAUAAUUUUGACAUUAGGAGUUCCAAAACUUGGGUGGAGGAGUGACAUCUGUUGUCCAAAAUACUACGGAUAUUUGUCUGAAGGAAUAUGCAUCAGUGGAGUUAUAUACUACCUAGUUUGUCCAAGGUACUCAAAAGGAGUAUAUGAAAUAGUUUGUUUUGAUGUUAGGUAUGAGGAGUUCAAGGUUAUUGAAGCACAAUGCUUUUACAAUCAUCAUCAAACUCUCCGAUUGAUAAACUAUAAGGGUAAAUUAGGUGGGAUUAGUGGGAAUCUUAAUGACAGUGGUGCCAUUGAGUUGCGUAUGUGGGUUCUACAUGAUGCGGAGAAACAAGAAUGGUCGGAAUAUGUCUAUACUUUGCCUGAGAAUGAUGACAUUAAACUCCACGAUUUUACCGUUGCUGGAAUGACCACUAGAGGUGAAUUUGUUUUGUCUAUGAUCGAUACAUUUAAACCUUUUUAUGUUUUCUACUUCAAUCCCGAAAAGAACGUUCUCAGGAGUGUUGAAAUCCAAGGUUUUGGUGAGGAUGUUAGUAGCGUUAAAGUCUUUGUAGACCAUGUGGAGGAUUUCAACUUUUUAAAAAGAGAGUCUAGCUAGUUUGGCUGUGAUGUUCAUGUGACUUAUCUCAUCUUCAAGUUUUGUUGUGAGCUCUUAUCAUUCUGUUUGGCUUAUCAUAUAUAUAUAUUUAACAGAACAUAAUAAAAAUUAAAAAUUUCAAACAUUUUUCAAAAAAUUUGUUCGGCUAACGGUGCGGGUUGGGUUUGAUAUUGGUUUUUGGAUAUAACAUUUUAAGAACUGUUCAAAUAUAUAUGUCAUCUCUAAUAGAGUAUGAGAUUUUGAUUUUCGGAUCGAUUUUGAAUCGAUUUUUUUGGAUACAAAUAUUCUUGAGUAAUUAUGUUAGAUACUUAACUACUUAAAAAAAUAAUAUGUUGUAAUAUUUAUGAAUAAAGUUUAAAAUAAUUUCUGAAAUACAUAUAGUAUAAGUGUAUAGUUAUGCAACUUGACAUAUUUAAUGUAAUUACCAAAAAUUAUAUUAUAGUAAAUUAAUAUUAAAUACAAAUAUGAAAAAACAUAAAAUUAAAAUUUUCAAAAAUAAUUACAACAAAAAAUAUACACAGGACGGGUCAAUAUCUAGUAUUCUAUUAAAUUAUGAUCUUGACCAAAUGAUAAAUGUUAUGUCCAAUAAAUUAUUUCCAUAUUUUAUUCCUUCAAAAAUGAAAUAUAACUCCUUAUUUUAUGUAACUGCAUAUAAUAUUGUGGUUUAAAAUUAAAAAAAAUAUAACUUCCUAUUUGCUGUAAAGAAAAAACAGUAACUUCUUAUUUCUUUACCUAGUGUGCAAUUUAAUAACCACAUGUUACUUCUA